AUGACGAGUAGGCUCUUGAGGAGUUUCCUUAGGAAUGCUCAGUCGGGUCGUCUUAGGGCGGGGGACGUGGGAGGCGGUCUGAGGCGAUCGAGCACCGCGGCAGGAGAGGCCGGGGCGGCAGGGACUCCGAAGUCGCCUGUGCAUUCUUCAAAGAAGGUACCACUUCAGCCUUGUUAUCUAUCUUCAUUCUCCGUUUUCUCUGGGUGUAUUUGGUUUCAUUUCUUGUGAGCUAUGCUAGUGUAUUGUGUUCCUUAUUCAUUUCGAGGUCCCAAGCAUUGCAUCAGUGGUUCUCCUGGUACACGUGGAUUGGUGCCUGCCCAUUGCUGUUCAUGCUUCGCUCUAUGGUUUCAUUUCUUUCCGCAGAUGUGUCCAAAGUUGAUCCAAGUUUUUGUGAGUUUUCGUCGGUGUGAAUGUAUAUGCGGUUUUGUUCACCGGAAGGGACAGAGAACUGCCAACUCCAUUCGUACAUUAUGAAAGAGUGAUAUUUGUCGUAAACAGGGUUUGGAUAUGGUGCGCCCAAGCAUUACUGAUGAGAUAUACUCUAUUUUGUUUUUGUUAAUCACUGUAGUGUGGAUAAAGAAAGAUGGAAACUCUACGACUAUAGUUAUUUAUGCCUCACCGUUGCCCCAUUGAAAUCUUCUUAUCGACAUUGGAUGUUGGAGAUGAAAUCAUUGUAUCCGUAGGACAUUGAAUUCGUUAAGAAAUUUCUCAGUCCUACAUCAAGUUUCCACCUUCUUUGGUAUGCUACACUGAUGGAUCAACGAAUGGCUUUAGAACGAUGACAAGCAUUAUGUUUAUGGGGUACUGUUUUCGCAAAUACGUGCCAGUCCUUUAUGAAAAUUUCGCCAAUAUUUUUUAAUCAAAAUAAUGUUUAAUCCCAAAUAUGGGUUAUUACAUGUGAAAGUUUACAGCAUGUGCGACUUGGUUCUUUCUUCUUGUGUUUCAAAUUCAACUUGAUUUUUUUUAGGGUAGGCUACUGACCGGAGCCAUGAUUGGGCUGGCUAUUGGUGGAGGGGCAUAUGUGAGUACUGCAGAUGAAGCUACAUUUUGGUAUAUUCAGGCUCUUCAUUUUAGUUUUACGUUCGAAUAACAGUGGUUAUUUCUCAUGUCAUGUGAUGAUGAUCGUACCAUUCCCAUGGCAAACGUGGCUUGUGAUUAGGAGCCAAGAUAGUGGCUAAAUUACUUAUCUUUCAUUUAGCACAUAUUUUGACUGUAUUCCUCUUAUUGUGGGGUGGAUUUGAAAUGAAAAAAAAGAUGAUCUUUUGCACUUAUUCCAAACAAGUUUGAAUAAUUCAGCUGAGAAAGAAGAGUGGUUCCUGAAUGUAAGAGUAAAGAACGAUGAUAGUCGUGCAAAGCAGACAAUCUUAGAGCUUCACAGAUUGCCGUUUUAUCAUCGAACACCUGUUCUUAUCACUCAGCCAUUUGGUUGAAAUUGUUAGAAUCUGACGAUAAUUUUCAUGGAUUUGUCAUUUUCUUCUGCAUGAGUGAGAAAUUCACUGCUAGCUGUAUUAUACACAUCUACUGGUAUUUAUCUCAAUGAUGUUAAUUUCAUUCUUUUUAUCUUUUUUCAGUGGAUGGCUAUUUUCUGCAACAAAAUACUUGAACCCUUUGUUUGCAUUGCUGGACCCUGAGUUUGCUCAUCGUGUAGCCAUACUAGCUGCAUCUCGUGGCUGGGUUCCAAGAGAGAAAAGACCGGAUCCGUCAGUAUUAGGGGUGGAAGUCUGGGGCCAGAAGUUUUCUAAUCCAAUUGGCCUUGCUGCGGGUUUUGAUAAAAAUGCCCAGGCUGUUGAAGGGUUGCUCGGGUUAGGCUUUGGCUUUGUAGAAGUUGGUUCGGUUACCCCUAUCCCACAGGAGGGUAAUCCAAAACCCCGCAUUUUCAGGUUGCCAAAGGAGAGGUACGAUCAAAUGUUGGAUUUUUUUAUUAUUCGUCUUAUUGCGUACUUGUGACUGAAUGAAUUAAGUUACAUAAACUCUCUAAUGGAUGCGUUCUUUCUUGUUCAUCAACAGAGCUAUUAUCAACCGUUGUGGGUUUAAUAGUGAAGGUAUUGUUGCUGUUGCGAGGAGAUUGGGUGUUCAACACGGUAAAAGGAAGCUGGAAGAAAGUACAAACUCUUCACCUGAUAAUGAAACUAAACAAGGAGGUAAAGCAGGUCCAGGUAUUCUUGGAGUAAACAUUGGCAAGAAUAAAAAUAGUGAAGAUGCUACUGCUGACUAUGUUCAAGGAGUCCACACUUUGUCCCAGUUUGCCGAUUACCUGGUAAUUCUCCUCCUAAAUCACAAUUUAUAUUUUACCGAAUUUAUGGCGUUACCAUUAUCUAAAAAAGCCUUAUAAUGCAUCUCUAAACCUAAUGAAAUAUUUCUUAAUACGGAGAUAAAAUUCUGUAAAAAAUACAGUGCAUGGUUAAUCAUAAUCUGGACAUGGGGUUUUGAAUCUUGGAACUUCUUCAUGUUAUUCGUCAUGUAUGGUUUAGAAAAAAAAACUAAGGCAAAAGUUGUACGGAGGCUACGGUCUGUUGUGUGUUCAUUCGUUGUUGUAUAUUGCUAGCGACAUCAUCGGAUGCUGCUUGCUCUGUCUAAUUGCUGGGUGUACAUCUAACAGACUGGGCAGCUUUUUCUGUUGCCUUAGACAUCUUAGGAAAAGAACCGAGACGAUCCAAUGGAGAACAAGUAAAACAAUGAGGGCUCUCUUCAUUCAGAAUGGCUAGGUUGGCAGAAUGUCUGGAUUUACACUUAACAUUUUGCAUGUUUGCAUCCUAAAUUGUGUUCCUGGUUUGGAGGAUAGCAAUUAUCGGAAUGGUAUCUCCCCUAUUUCGCCAAAAGCAUCUGAGACCUGCUCCUGCCGACAGCUUUUGCAGAUGAGAUGAAGACAUGGUACCAUCUUUAUCAGGCAAAGAAUGAACACCUUCAGCUAAACUAGAAUCAAUCAAACAUGAUUCGAACCAGUGUUCUAAUGAUCUAGUAUUGAUACCAGCUGGAAACUAUUAUGAAUUGUGUAGAACCGUCUGAAACUAGAGGAACUUUCAACUUUCUUUCUUUUUUGUCUUCUUGCUUUCUUUCAUCAUCAUCCUCCAUUCUCUUUUGUUUUCUUCACUCCAUCCUUUGCAAGUGUGUUGUAUGUCAAAUACAAUGAACACUCCUGAUGGUAAGAUUGAUUGUUUUGAGAUUCUCAGUUCGUUAAAGAUCUAACAGCAAUACAAACUAUUAACACAGUUGGAAGCGUGUUGAAGGCAUCAGAAUAUAAGAAAAUUCUACUAGAAAUUGUCUUGUUCUUUUCUUUUGGGGACAUUUUGUGUUUGACAAAAGUGGAUAUUAUAACUUUCUUCUGGCCAAGUAGUUCAGUAAAUUCACAUGUCUUGAUCUUGUUUGCUGAAUGUUUGCCUGUCCAUGGUCAGUUGAAAGUCUAUGGCAAGUGAAUCCUAUCGUACUGAGCUGAUUGUUUCUGCUAGUAAAACACAGAUAUUUUGAAUGAAAAGCAGUACCCUUUGCUGAUAUGUCUUUUUCAGUAAGCUACGUAAUUCCUUUUCGUAUUUGUCUUCGAAAUCUUUUUCUUCAUUUAGUAGAUUCCAUGAUUUUAAACAUGUUCUAUCUUUUGUUGACCAGCCCGUUGAUGCUUUGUUGGCAUCAAAUUUUGCUUCUCCCUUGUCCAUAUCAUUGCAAUAAUGUCAGUUGAUUUCCAAAUCGAUUACAUUUAGUUUUCCUAUUUAUUUCCAGUUCAAAAUAGUGUAAUAGUUAUGUCGAAACAGAACCCAAAAAUGGCCUUGCAUCCCAUUCCAAUUCUACCUGCGGUCACUAGGAAGGAAAGUUUAUGGUUUCAGGUUUGUGAACUUGUCAGUAGGUAUGUGAUUAAAAGGAUCUGUACUUUUAAGGGUUUACAAGUCGUGUAUGUAUCCCAAAAAUUGGUUUUCAUGCCAUUUAUAGAUCUUUUAUAAUCAAUGGAUGUGCCAUCUUUAAUCCUCUUAAUCAGACUUUUAUCUUAACACAUGCACUCUACUAUUAUUUCUACUUGGGUCUUACACAAGGAUGGUGGGAGAAGAGGAAGUAUCUAGUGGAAUCAUUUUCCUAAAAAUAAAAUACCCAGGACAUCUCCUGGAUUGGUUCAAACACCAAUCAGGAAAUUGUACUCACUUCGUUGGCUAUAUGAUCGCAUUAGAGGAAGUUCUCAGCCACUACUUUCAUGGACGCUUUCGAGUAAGAAAACUUAGAUAACGAAGGUUAAGGAGUUUUGCUUUAGGCUGUACUGCCUUGAAACUCAUGCAUUAAUUCAUCAGCUUUCUGUCGGAAUGAAUUAUGUUCUUCGGAGUAUCUCAUCUUUCUUCUUGCAUGGUAAUUUGUUUCCAUGCAGGUCAUAAAUGUAUCAUCGCCAAAUACCCCUGGGCUGCGUAAACUUCAGGGAAGAAACCAGUUGAAAGAUCUAGUCAAGAAGGUUGGAAACUUUUAACUACUUCCUUAAUUUGAAGAUUUAGGAUUUGUUAUCGAUCAUCAACUAAUCUGCACGUCCCUUGAAUCCUUGUUUCCGCUGUGCUUGUCAUUUUGUUGUAGGUACAAGCUGCUCGUGAUGAAAUGCAGUGGGCUGACGAUGGUCCUCCUCCCUUGCUCGUCAAAAUCGCCCCUGAUUUAUCUAAACAGGAUCUUGAUGACAUUGCGGCAGUAUGCAGUCAUGCCAUCUUCUAUAUCUAUUUUGUUACAUAAUUGUUUCUAUCCAACAUAAUAGUUUUCUUCGUUUUUUCCAGGUUGCUCUUGCCCUUCACUUGGAUGGACUGGUAAAUAUUCCCUUUUCAUGUAGUUCACUCGGAUAAUGCUUACACGAGGCUUGAGCUAUGGCCAAUUGUUUGAACUUUUUGAUGGUUCAAGAAAAAAAUAUUCUCAAAGAAUGAAAAUGUUAAAAUGUUGAUAUGGGCACGCAUGUGGAAUACGGUAAUGUUUGGAACUAGGAUUCACGGAGACCAUAUUGUCUACUUAUUUAUUCUUGAAUAAAAUCAAUUAAACAUGUCUGAGAUUGACUGCGAGAGAGCAUUUGAUUUUUUCUAAAGCACUUGAUCUUCUAUUAUGAUCCACUGGAUGGGGUGAAGCCUCCCUGUAGUUAUUAUUCCGAUUUAGCCGCUGUCAUCAACUGCUAAUUGAUUUUCGGAGUAAUGUCUAAGCGGAAUAACAAUCAGGUUAACUGAAUGAGGGCCCCACUCUAAAAGAAUCAAGCUCUCCCAACUCGGGUCAGUUUAAUUAUUUCUAGCCGCUGUACAUGUAGUUUUGCAUCGUGAUAUAAUUUGAGAAUGGAUUGUUUCAUUUGAUACCAGUCCGAAGCAGAAUGCUUUUUCCUGGAGUAAGUCUACAACGUUUAUAAUGCUAUCUCCUGAGUUGCUUUGUUGCCUGAGAGUUACGUAGGAAAUGCUCUAAAAUGAUGGUCUGUGCCAGGAAGAAGUAAUGUUGCACUGUCAGUGCUCAGUCAAAUCCCUGAAGGUAUUCCCUUUGUGGAAGAUUUUUCACCCAAGGUUUCAUCUGUUUAACUUUUACACCUUUAACCUGAACGAGACUCCUAGCUGAUCUGGUCCUAAUCAGAUUCUUGGGCCCAGCUUGGGCUUGAUGGUUGUCUGCCAGAAAGACAUCACCACGUAGUUCAGUGUGGUCGAAUUGUUUCUUCAUGUGGGAUUGCCCUGAAAUGUCUGUAAAGGUGGCUAAUUUAGAUGACAUGGAUGUGUGGCUGUUAAAAAUUGAAAUCACAUCCACGUAAAUAAGGAAGAGUUCAUUCAGGAUAUGGGAUCUUGGAAGCUCGUUCCCUUGGUAAGAUCUAAAUUGCAUUUGCUUGGUUCAGAUACACAUGUGAUAUACACAAGUGGAUUUAUGUUUAUUAAACUUACAAUAAGGGGAUUACUCUUGUUUUUAUUACCUGAAAGCCUACAAUUCUCUUUUGAUUGUGGAAGAGGUAAUGACAAUUCUACUUUUCAUCUCUGCUUAAUUUUAUUUUGAAAGUAUGGGACAAUUCUGUGCUUGGAAGUCGAUCACAUGCCCUAUUGAGGAAGAAUCUCCUCUGUGUCUUAUUGUUUAACAAUUUGAUGGUAGAGAAGAAAUCUCUACCACAUGUACGCACAUUUAGCUCCCAGCGCAUUAUUCGAUUACCGUGGUAGUGUUUCUUUAUGGUUCAGGGAGCAUCCUUUGUAGAAUAUCAUUGACAACAUGCCUUUUUAUUUAUCCUUUUUUGCCAGAGUGUCGUCUUGUUUCAUUAUGAAUCUUUAUGAUGAUUCUUCGACUAAAUAUCUCAGAUUAUAUCAAAUACUACUGUCUCAAGACCAGAUCCUGCAAGUGCCCAUCCUAUGGCUGGGGAAGCUGGUGGUUUAAGUGGGAAGCCUCUUUUUGAUCUGUCAACGAAUAUUCUUAAGGAGAUGUAUAUCCUUACUCGGGUAUGCGACUGAACUCUGCAGCAUGCCUUUAGCCUACGGAAUUAAUUUUUUGAAAUAUGAAUCUACUUUUUUUUAUUUGACGUGCUUCCUUUCUGCUUUCAGUUGUUAAUUUCUCUGCGUUUGAUUCAUUCUGAAUCUAGACUGUUAGCUGCUUUUAUGAUCUAUUUUGCCUGAUACUUGACAGGGGAAAAUUCCUUUGAUUGGGGUCGGAGGUGUUAGCAGGUAUCAGUUUCGGCCUUGUCUUCCUUCAUAUCUCUGUAAGAUUUACCGAAAAUUUCCCACUAAUGCACCAAAUGCAGGGGCGAAGAUGCAUACAAAAAGAUACGAGCUGGAGCAACACUUGUGCAACUCUACACCGCUUUUGCGUAUGAAGGACCUGCGCUCAUUCCUCAGAUCAAGGUAGCCUAUAUUAUCUGUUGAGGCUUUUGAGCUGUUGAAUUUAAAGUUUAGGUGUAAACAAACUUUUUGUUGCAAAUCUUUUUAGCGGGAACUAUCUGAUCUGCCCUUUUCCACCAGUCGUUUUCUUUCCAAAUCGAAAAAUUCAUUGUUUCCUUUAAAAUCGAAAAUCAUAAUUCCUCUUACUAAUGAUGCUAGUUUUGGAAAAAAAUCUUGAUCUCAUAAACCGUUGCCAUGAAAGCAUUUUAUUGAUGAUCAGGAUGAUUAUUUUAAAAUAACGUCGUAAAUUGGAAAAAUUUAUCCAUUUUAAAAUAUGUAAUGAUCAGGAUGAUUAUUUUAAAAUAACGUCUUCAUUACAUAUCUUGUGAGCGAUGAUGAUGAUCUUAGACGAUUUCCUGAAGGGUACCCAAUAUCAUCCAUUGCAAUCAAUUUGGCUGCAAAAGUCCACCCCCCAAUUAUGUCAACGAAGACUACGCAAUUUUUUUGGGCUUUGCAUCCCUUCAUUUCACCCUGUUUUAUUUAUUGCAAGUUGGAUAAAAAUUGACCUGUAGAGCACGUUGAGCUAAAUCAGAGGGACAACAUUGGAUCAUUUGGCAAAAAAAGGAACUUUAUCAUAUUCUAGAUUUCAUAACCUAGCUGGAGCAUUUCUCCUCUCCUUUAUCUUCUCCUUCUCCACCCCUCUUCUCUCCACUCUUUCACGUUGCAUAUUGUGGAUUUUGUUCAAUUUUAAUUUGCUCAUGCCCCUUUUGUUCUUCGUUGUGUAAUUCCACUUGAAGGAGUUCGUUUCUAUAUGUUUUCUUCUCAUUUGCACAGGCUGAAUUAGCGGAAUGUUUGGAGAGGGACGGCUUCAAAUCAGUUCAGGAGGCUGUGGGUGCUGAUUACAGAUAA